ACACCUCCACACUCUGACAUCACUCAGCACACAACCAUGUUCCUGCUCCUGCUGGUUCUUACUGCCUCUGAGCCGGUCCAUUCUCAGAGAGUUCAGGGCCAGGAGAACAAUGGCUCGUGUGUGUGUGAGGUGAACAGUAAUCUCUGGGCUUUUCCUGCUGUAAAAUAUGAGGCAGUCUCUCUGCUGCUUCAGAGCUGUGGAGACGCUGUGCGUAAGCUCCAAACUCAGACCGUGACGACCAACGCCGAGCUGCCAAAGCUGAAGGUGAUGCUGGAGGAUGUGACGACACGUCUGCAGAAAUUCCAGUACCUGAAAUCGAGUGGCCAGUACAACAGCCUGCACCUGCGCCAGCUCAGCCAGGAGCUCCAGGAGCUCCAGCAGCUGGUCAGCGCGACACAUCUGGACAGGCCUGGCGCAGAGACGCACAAGAUAGGCAAGGAGUUGCUGAAGCUUCAGGAGGAUGUGGAGAGGAUGUACAAGGACAACAUCUUCAACCUGGAGUCGGUGAGGGAGAGGCUGCGUUUCCUCAGUAACCGAGCGCAGACCUGCCGGACCAUUCCGGAUGACUUCAGGAGCUCAUGCUCUCAGCGCAUUAUGAAGAACAUCAGCUCUCCCUUGAUCACCAAGCUGAACCCGUUCAGUAAGUCAUACAUCUCGGGCGCCUGGGGCCGUGACACCAGCCUGAGCGACGUGGGGACGUAUUGGGUCCAGCCGCUGGUCAGCAGCCACAAGCAUGGCAACACCAUGCGGCUGUACAAGAACUAUGAGGAUUUCAUGUCAGGCAGGGACUACAGGGACGAAUCUGUGGCCCCCUCACACAGCCACAGCAACGCGAUCCAGGGCCCCGGCACGGUGCUCUACGACAGGGUGGUAUACUUCCAGUGCUACAACACGCCAGAACUUUGCAGCUUUGACUUGCAGACCAAGCAGACGAAGCGCCUGAAGAUCCCGGAUGCGGGCAUCAACAACAAGUUCCCGUACUGCUACUACACCUGCCGCGACUGGACGGAUGUCGACCUCGCGGCUGACCACCAGGGCAUCUGGGUGAUAUACGCCACGGAGGGGAACCACGGCAACCUCGUCCUUAGCCGAGUGGACAGGGAGACCUUCAACAUCACUCACACGUGGAAGACGCGGCUGUUCAAGCGCUCCAUAACCAACGCCUUCAUGGCCUGCGGGGUGCUGUACGCCACACGCUUCGUGGACACGUACAGGGAGGAGGUCUUCUACGCGUUCGACACCAACACAGGCUCAGAGGACAAUACCCUGGAGCUGCCGCUGGAGAAGGUCUCGGCUGGAGUGGCCAACCUCCACUACAACCCCAACGACAGGAAGCUGUACAUGUACAAUGACGGCUACCUGCUUGCCUACCAGGCCUUCUUCUAAUAGUCUCUGCAGGCGCAGUGUCGCACACUAACAAGAUUCUGUUGUUUUUUUUUGUUUUUUUUUACUGCUGCAGGAUUUUAAUAUUCAGACAAACGUUAACUGUUACGAAUGCAUGCUGAGGAAAGAAUGUUUUGUAUUUUAUCACAGGAAUGGUUGUAUUAAGAAUAAAAAUGUUUGUUACAG